AUGUCGAAUCCGCCACUGGAUAUUUCGGCCAUUCUGGAUGAUUUUUCUAAAAAGUACCCGAUUUUCUUGGUCCCUGUCACUUUAUUCUCUGCUUUGCUUAAUGUUGUAGCAUUUCUGUUUUCUAUACUGAUAAACCGUCGUGCUGAAUCGAUCCGCCAAGUUGUUGAAGUACUUCAGUGUUGUAUUUGUAUUUAUAGGGAAAAAUCAGUAUUGCUUAGGCCUUGUAAUCAUCUCUGUCUUUGUGAAAUAUGUCUUCAAGCCGUUUUGAAUGAACCGCCUGCAAGAUGUCCCAUAUGUAGAUCGAUUAUUGAUUCCCACAUCAAUAGUUUAACCCAUUUGACACAUUUUUAA